AUGAAGGCCGCUUCGACAGUCACAGUAAUUGAUACGGUAAAUCUCACUAUUACUAUCAAGAAAUGUAACUCGUAUUCUACCUUCAUUUCAGACGAAUAAAAUUGGAGUCAUGAAUGGGUAUUAUACCACAGUAACAGCAGUGAUGGCAUUUUUAUUGGUGGUUUAUUACGGGGGAAAGACUUGGAUGGCGUUGACUAAAGAUCCAGAAAAGAUGACGGCCAAGACAAAGAAAUUGAACAGGGAUAUGUCAGCGAUAUUGGUGCUACAGGUAAAGUAGUGGACGUAGGAACACCUUCCUGCAUAAGAGCCUAUUUUAUUUUUAUCUAGGCAAUCAAUUUCAUUACAAUUUUAUGGGUUCGGUGGCGGACCUAAAUCAAUGGCAAAAAACGUAAAAUUUUGUAUCCGUAAAGUGUCCAAAAAUGUUGCAAAAUACCUUCCUCUCCAAAUGAAAAAUUGCUACAGUGGGGUACCUGAUUCAGUGGCAAAAAGGUAUCAUUUUGUAUCCGGGAAGUAUCAAAAAUGUAGCAAAAUACCUCCCCCUCCAAGUGAAGAAAAAGAGCAAUUUGAAAAGCGCGCCCGAUUUUUUUUUGAGGAAAGGGAGCCCCCUUCAAAACGGAAUUUUUUUAUGGAGGAGUUAUGGAGGCAUUAUGCCACAUUUUUUGAUGCUUCCCGGAUGCAUAAUGGUGCUUUUUUUGCCACUGGAUCAGGCCUGUCACUGUAUUUCAAAAGCUCGCCCGCUUUUUUUAUGAGGGAAAGGGAUCUCUUCAAAACGGAGGUUUUUUAGUUGGGGAGGGAGGCAUUAUGCCACAUUUUUUGAUACUUCCCGGAUACAAAAUGGUACCUUUUUGCCACUGGAUCAGGUCCCACUGUACGGAGAAUCUAUUAUUACUUUUUUUUAGGCAAUCCUUCCACCACUCUUCCUUUAUCUACCGAUUACUUUAUUCCAUAUUAACGUUGUCCCAGAAGCCUUUUAUCCGUUUCUUGGCCUCUCCUCGAGUUUCGGAGUUUCCGUAGUUCCUCUUCUGGACGCCUUGGUAGUGCUUCUAAUUCUACCAGCAUUCCGUCAAACGAUCUUUAAAAUUUUUAGGGUAGCGGAGAAUCUCCAGGCAGUGCCGAGUUUGACACCAGUUAUCAGUUUUAAUCAUCAAAACAAAUUGAGGAUGUCAACUCAUUAA